AUGACCGAACAUGAGUUUUUGGGCUUGGAGCAAAACCAAGACAGUGGUGGCGCUUGUAGAGGUCAUAGCUUAAGCGACGGGAAUGUUUCGAACGUUGAAAAUAGCAAUGAGCAGCCUAGUUCGUAUGAAGGGGAAAGUGAUGAUGAUAUGCAAUAUUAUGAGCGUGCCAUCCAAGAAAUUUCAAGCGGCGACUCAUAUGUUUGUAUGAUUUGUACGGUGGAAAUGGAUUAUACAUGUCAAAUGUUUGCUUGUAAGAGAUGUUAUAGAGUGUUUGACUACGGAUGCAUAAGGGAAUGGGCCUUGAAAUCGACGGAAAAAACCGCAGAUGGAAUAUGGAAAUGUCCAAACUGUUAUCACGUUAGCAAAAAAGUCCCGGCAAAGAAUAGGCCCACAUGUUGGUGUGGCAAGGUCGUUAAUCCUGAGCCUAAUCUACUGGAUCCUAACUCAUGUGGACAAACCUGUAAUGCUCCUACUUGUAUGCAUGGCUGUUCCAAAAUUUGUCAUUUAGGGCCACAUCCAGAAUGUACAAGAAUGAUCGAGAUUAUGUGCCGCUGUGGCAAGCAUUCAAAAUGUAUCUCUUGUUACCAGUCUAAAAUCAUGAAAAAAAACUUUAAUUGUCAAGAAGAGUGUGGAUUGCCUUUAUCUUGCGCCAUCCACAACUGUAAAAAGAAAUGCCACCCGGGCUUAUGUGGACCAUGUCCAGCAUUGAUUAUUAGUGAAGAGAGCCCGAAUAAGCAAAUAAGAUGCUACUGUGGUAAUCACACCCGUGCUAACAUAAAGUGUAGUGAAGCGAAGUUUCCUAAUUCCGGAAAACCCUCGAAGGAUGAAAAUGGAAACGAGUGGAUAGGCAUGUUUGCUUGUGCAGAUAUUAGAGUUAUCGACUACUCAUGUCAUAAGCAUUCAUUUAUAGAACCUUGCCUAAGCCCACCCACAAUUAGUGGCAAAAAGGCGUGCCCGUUUUUGCCUAGUUUACUAAAAACUUGUCCUUGCGGCCGGACAGCCCUAGACGAACUGACUAAACCUCGUAAGUACUGUGAUGACCCAAUACCAACGUGUAAUUCAAGAUGCGGUAAACCAUUAAAGUGUGGCAAGCAUUCGUGUCCCUUCAUUUGUCAUGAUAAAGCCUGUAUGGAUCCCUGCUCACAAAUUGAUAGUAUAAAAUGUGCUUGUGAGCAAAGCACAUUUUCAGUUCCUUGUGGAUUUCAAGAAAAGCCACGCUGCAACAUAAAAUGCGAAUCUCUUAUGUCAUGCCGUAGACAUAGAUGCACCGAUAGGUGCUGCAGUGGUAGGCCAUCGGCGAUAAGAAGGAAAAAAAGCUUGUUUAGAUCGCAAGAUUUGUUGGAUGAGUCUCUUGUGGAAGCAAAGCAUAUCUGUCUAAAACCAUGUAAUUUAACCUUAUCAUGUGGAAUUCAUAAAUGUCAGAGAAAAUGUCACCCUGGAAAGUGCCCACCCUGUUUAGAGAGUGAUUCGAACGAUCUAGUCUGCCCAUGUGGCAAAACAGUUGUUCCUGCUCCCGUACGUUGUGGUACAAAAUUACCUACAUGUAAUCAUCCAUGUAUUAAAGUUGUACGUGGCGAAUCUAUGUGUGGUCAUAAGCCAAUGCCACAUACCUGUCAUUCCUUAGAAGUAUCGUGCCCGCCAUGCACGGAAACUGUGUUUAAACCUUGUAAAUGUGGGAAGAAAGAUAGAGUACGGACGGUUUGUUUUCAAACGGACGUGUCAUGCGGGACAACAUGUGGAAUAUCAUUGUCUUACUGUCGUCAUACUUGCCAAAAAGCAUGCCAUCUACCAGGAAAUUGCCAAAAGGUUUGCAAACAGACCUGUGGGCAGAAAAGGCUCAACUGUGAUCAUACAUGUCCCAAGCCGUGUCAUGGUAAGAUAGGGUGCCCCGAUUUACCUUGUGCUACACUAGUGAAAAUUUCUUGCAAAUGUGGCAGGAUCAAAAAAAGUGUUACCUGCGGUGCAAAAAAUGAUACGGCUAGUGUAACUGAGUCUUCCGUAUUAGAUUGCAAUGAAGAAUGUGAAGCUUUAAACCGACUAAAAGAGUUGAGGGAGGCGUUUGGAAUUAAGGAAGAAUCCAAUAAUUUUACAAAUAAUGAGCUAGAUGCGUUGAAAAAACUGGUAUCUGUUGCUUCGACAUUUGAAGAACUGCAGUUACCGUUUACAGAGGCAACGUUAUCAGUGUAUUCAAAACAAGAAAGGUGGUGUUCACAAAUUGAAGCUAUUCUUAAUAAAUUAAUGGACGAUAAAACGCGUUCAAGCCUGCAUUUCAAACCUAUGAGGCCUCCCCAACGUCACUUCAUUCGUGAACUAGCCAAAGCUUACAGCCUAUAUUCCGAGUCUCAGGACAGAGAGCCCAUGAGAUCUGUAUUUAUUAAAAAGGAAGAUAAUGGCACAAGCAGUAAACCGGUAUUAUCAUUAGAAGAAGCUUACCCACUAUAUGAAUCCUUUAAACAAUUGCAAAAGGAGCGGAAAGUACAAGAAUUUCAAGCUCGCACUACAGCGAAACUAAUCAACUUCGAGGUUCAAGAUACGGAACCAAAAGUAGAAGUGGCUAAGAACAACGGGUUUUUGGUUCAAAAUUUAGUCGCGGGAAACACUGCCGAAGAUUUGAAGAGAUUUUUCGAACCCCAUCUUAAGCAUACGUUAGUAGUGAACCCUCAAUACUUAAUUCUUGAUGAUGGCAAGACAGCAUUAGUGUAUCCUGAAAAUUACGAAACAGCAUCCGCGAAUACAGAACGCGACAUGGAGCUUUUGGUUGGACACUUUGACUUUAUGGCCAAAGAGGCAUUUUUGGCUGAUUCUAUUUUGUUGUGUUCAAUUGAUGAAGAACUUGAAAAAAGGUUGGAUACCCCGGUAAUUCAAGAAGAUGCUCCUAUAGUGGAUAACAAUACAUGA